CACUUUACGUUUCUUUUCUGAACGACCCCUCCUGUCUGUCAUCUCUGACUCCACUCUCCAGCUAUCAAUCUUUAACGGUACUCAAAACCAACUUAGGAUUUGCUACGGAGAAGCAGAUACAGGGAAAAUAUGGCGUCCCCUAAUGCUACUGCACCGAGGCAGCUGUCUCAGAAGGAGGCCGACAUUCAGAUGAUGUUGGCUUCUGAUGUUCAUCUGGGAACCAAAAACUGCGAUUUCCAGAUGGAGCGCUAUAUCUUCAAGCGCCGGCAAGAUGGUAUUUAUAUCAUCAAUCUUGGAAAGACAUGGGAGAAGCUUCAGAUGGCUGCCAGAGUCAUUGUUGCCAUUGAGAAUCCUCAGGACAUAAUUGUACAGUCUGCCAGGCCCUAUGGUCAGAGAGCUGUUCUGAAAUUUGCUCAGUACACUGGUGCCCAUGCUAUUGCUGGUAGGCACACUCCAGGUACAUUCACCAAUCAGCUCCAAACAUCUUUCAGUGAGCCUCGUCUCCUUAUCCUGACUGAUCCAAGAACUGAUCACCAGCCGAUUAAGGAAGCUGCGCUUGGAAACAUCCCCACCAUUGCCUUUUGUGAUACCGACUCACCAAUGCGAUAUGUUGACAUUGGUAUCCCUGCUAAUAACAAGGGAAAGCACAGCAUUGGUUGCCUCUUCUGGCUGUUGGCAAGAAUGGUUCUGCAGAUGCGUGGCACAAUUCGUCCUGGCCAUAAGUGGGAUGUCAUGGUGGAUCUGUUCUUCUACAGAGAACCUGAGGAGGCCAAGCAAGCUGAAGAAGAAGAGCUUAUUGCUCCCAUUGAGUAUGGAAGUGCAGCUCCAGACUACACCAUGAACUUAGUUAGUGAACAAUGGCCUGCCCAAAUCUCUGAUGCAAAGUGGUCUGGUGAAGGUCAAAAACCCAUAGCUGCUGUUCCUGAUACCUAUUUCCCAGAUGUUCCUUUACCUGCUGGAGAAGGAUGGGAUACUGUGCCUGCUCCACCAAUGGCUGGAGUUGUUCCUGACAUUCCUGCCCCUCAAGCUACUGGCUGGGACUAAGGGCAGCAUUUUGCAUUGAGUUUUGUUUUGACCCUUUUAUAAUUGCGGCCUAGUUUUGAAUUGUUGAUUUUAUAUUUUGGCAAAAAACUUGUUUUUUGGUUACAGUAGUUUUAGACAUUGAGAGUUAGGUUUAUUAUUCAUGAUGAUGGUAUCUUAAGUAUGAACAUUUUGUUAUGUUACAAUUAUUGUCCCAAAGUUACCUAAGUUAUAUUGUUUGUCAACUUCAA